CCCAACCACAUCGUCAGAUUCCCCGUCACGGUGGGUUCCGGCCAAACGACCUGCCUGGUUGCUUCAAAUGCACCUUAGCCUUGCGAAUCGACGGCAUCAAGAUCAUCUAGCAUGCAUCAUGUGCUUUUGCUGAACGAGCUUUUGUUGCAACUUCUCCAAGUUCUCUGCGAAGACGAUCUACGCGCUCUCGCAGUGCUUGCUAGAACAUGUCUGUCCUUCUCCCAGCCCGCGCUCGAAAUACUCUGGGAGUCUCUAGAUAAUCCGUCACCCGUCGUCCAGCUUUUUCCAGAUGAUUCCUGGACGGUUGCAUACCAUCUGUACAGCAGGAAACGGUGCCUAGUACGUGCAGUCCGAUAUCUCGCUCUUUCUCGGCGACUGCUGCACAGCAGAAAUUCACAAGGCUUCUCCAUCCUGUAGAUUGGAUCAGGCCGCUCAAAUAUCUACCACUCAUCAAACGUCUUGGCUUGG